AUGGGUUACACAGUUCAUGUGUCCUGCAUCCAGUUAGUCAUAAAACCAGAGCUCCUGCUUGGAGAGGCGAGAGUGUUUCUGGAGGCCAGGGACACCCACUCCAUCCUGAAGUGGUUUCCUCAUGCCAGUGAUUUCCUGGAGGACUGCGUGGAAGACAUCUGCAGCCACGAGGAGGUCAAGGAGGUGUUUGAGGACAAAAUGGAGUUCCGGAAGGGGUACCCGAACGCAGUCUACUCCGUCCGGAACCCCGCGUAGAGCUCGGACAACAUGUACGUGGUGGUGCCCCUUCUGGGAGUGGCGCUACUGAUUGUCAUCGCCUUGUUCAUCAUCUGGAGGUGCCAGCUGCAGAAGGCCACCCGCCAUCACCCCUCCUACACUCAGAACCGGUACCUUGCUAGUCGUGCUGGGCACAGCCUCCCCCGGGUCAUGGUGUACCGCGGCACUGUGCACGGCCUGGCCGAGUCCUCUGGCCACCGGGAAGCAGGGAGCAACCCGCACGUGCUGCUGGGGCCCAGUCGUGGGGGCAGGACCACGGUCCGGCUGGAGAGCACCCUGUACCUCCCUGAGCUCUCCCUCUCCAGACGGUCCAGUGCCACCCCGCCCCCAUCCUACGAGGAGGUGACGGCUCCCCAGGAGAGCAGCAGUGAGGAGGCCAGUGUCUCUUACAGCGAUCCGCCCCCAAAGUAUGAGGAGAUAGUGGCUGCCAACCCUGGCUCAGACAAAUAG